AUGAGCCUUUUCCAAACACGAUAUAUUACAAUACAAGUUAAACCAAAUGAUCUCAAUCAUGACCAUCAUACUAAUAAGCGUACUGCUAUUGGAUUUCAAUUUCAAGUAAAAUCAACAGAUAUCCGAGUACUUGAUGUUAAAAAGGACGUUAUUGUACCAUCAAAAUUAGAAAAUACAACAAAAUCCAAAAAUAUUCUAUUAGAAGAUUUAUUUAUCUUACCCAAUAAAAAUGCACUCGGGCAUAUUUUCAAUGCAUAUCCAUCACCAACAUUAAUUCGAAUUGAGAAUCUAACUGCGUUUGAUAUAAUAUGGUCGAUAGAAAGUACUGUGAUGAAUGUAACAAAUCUGACGUUUUCUUUGAAUAUAUUUUACGAUGACGACUCUGUAUCAUCUAAUACAUGGCUAUUACGAGUUGCUGUUAUACCACCGCAGCGUUUAAUCGAUAAAUUAUUCUAUAUAAUAUUACCUAUUCUUAUUAUAUUUAUCUCUAUACAAAUGGGUAUAUUACUCGAUACGACAAUUUUAAUAGGUCUUGUUAAAAAUCCCAAACCGGUUAUUAUUGGAUUUCUGGCUCAAUACGGUUUAAUGCCAUUCUUAGCAAUGGCUAUUGCAAAAAUUUUUCGUUAUUCACCAUUAUACAGUCUAGCACUUUUUGUUAUUGGAUGUUGCCCAGGUAGUGGUGCUUCAAAUCAAUGGACCAUAUUAUUCGAUGGUGAUGUUAAUCUAUCAGCUCUUAUGUCAUUUGUGUCAACUGCUGCAUCAUUUGUUAUGAUGCCACUUUAUUUUUAUACAAUAGGUCGUAUUUAUAUGGCAGAAUUAUCCAUCACGGUACCAUUUCUGGGCCUUUGUCGUUCAUUAGCACUUGUUGUUAUACCAUAUGGUCUCGGUAUUUUUAUUAGUUAUCGUUCAUCGAAAAUUCAUAAAAUAGUUAAAAAUCUCGUUAAACCCAUGAUGCUAUUUCUUUUGUUAUUUUUUCUUAUCUUCGGAUCAAUUGUUAACUGGUAUUUGAUUGUUACAAUUGAUUUAUAUACAGCAUUAACGGCGCCAUUGUUACCUUAUUUAGGUUUUAUACUUGGUGCUGCAAUUGCUUGGGUGUUUGGACUUAAUUGGUGUCAUAUAAAAACAGUUGGCAUUGAAGCUGGAAUUCAAAAUACUGGUAUUGCAUUCAUGAUUAUGUUUUAUUCAUUUCCCCAACCGUAUGCAUCACAAGCAAUUGUUGUACCACUUGUUGUAGCAUUUUUAACAACAAAACCAUUUUGGGUUGCUUACGUGAUACGAAAUCAAAUAAUUAAAUAUAAAAAGAGACAAUCAAAAAACCCAAAACAGGCUUUGCCAUCAGAAGUGGAUGAUAAGGUAAAAUCGAAUUCGAACAUAGAGCAGCCACAAAUAAAUGAGAAAAUAGAUGAACAAGAAGAAAUUGUCGAUCUAAUGGAAAAUUUUGUCAAGUAG